AUUCGUCUUCAUUGUGAUUCAAAGCUAGCGAAGACGCCAUGGCUUCCGGCCGGGUGGAAGUCGAGAGGGUGUUCGUCGGAGCGGGAUGCAAUCGGAUCGUCAACAAUGUCUCCUGGGGUCCCUCCGACCUCAUCGCCUUUGGAGCUCAAACCGCCGUUGCCAUCUUUUGCCCCAAGAGUGCCCAGAUCCUAACAACGCUCCCGGGGCACAAAGCGGUGGUGAAUUGCACGUACUGGCUUCCUUCGUGUAAGGAUGCGUUCAAAGUUGAACAUGCGGAAUGCCAUUUUCUGCUCUCCGGAAGUGCUGAUGGUGCCAUCUUGCUUUGGGGUUUACAAAUCAGAGAAAGAAAGUGGAGCAAAGCUUUUCAAGUACCUGAAGUACACAAGAAAAGUGUUACAUGCCUCACUGGCAUUUUGAUAUCACAAUCUGUUGCACUGUUUGCUUCUGCAUCCUCUGAUGGCAUUGUUUGUCUGUGGGAAGUAAUUAUUCCAUCUAAUUGUGAUGAUGACUGCAAGAUAACACUCCUAGAAUCUCUUUCUGUGGGUCCAAAACCUAUGGUAGCAUUGUCAUUGACAGGACUGCCUGGAGAUCUAGGACAUGUUAUAUUAGCAAUGGGCGGCUUGGAUAACAAAAUUCAUAUUUACUCUGGUGAUAAGACAGGCAAGCUUGUGCCUGCAUGCCAGCUCAGAGGACACACAGAUUGGAUCAGAAGCUUGGACUUCUCGAUACCUAUUUGGUCUGAUAAUGAAAAUAAUAGCCUUUUCCUAGUAAGUGCGUCUCAGGAUAGAACCAUACGCAUAUGGAAGAUGGCAUUGCAUGUGUCUUCUGCUAAUACUGAGGUACCAUACAGGAAAGGCGAUGCAGGCUUGACAUCAUAUAUUGAAGGUCCUAUAUUUCAGGUUGGGCCUACUGCUUACCAGGUGUCUCUAGAAUCUUUGCUUGUUGGACAUGAAGACUGGGUAUAUUCAGUGCAGUGGCAACCUCCUUUGCCUUCAAAAAAUGGAGAUAUUUACCACCAACCCAUGAGUAUCCUAUCUGCAUCUAUGGAUAAGAAAAUGAUGAUAUGGAGACCUGAAAAAACCACUGGUAUCUGGAUAAAUGAGGUGACUGUAGGCGAACUAAGUCACUCUGCAUUGGGGUUUUAUGGUGGUCAUUGGGCCCUGGAGGGAGAUUCAAUUCUUGCCCAUGGAUAUGGUGGGUCAUUUCAUCUAUGGAAAAACAUGGGAAUUGAAUAUGAGAAUUGGGAGCCCCAGAGAGUACCUUCUGGUCAUUUUGCUGGCGUAUCUGAUAUUGCGUGGUCCAGAUCUGGUGAAUACUUGCUAUCUGUCAGUCAUGAUCAGACAUCUCGCAUUUUUGCACCCUGGAGAAGUAAAACAUACAUUGGAGAUAAGAUCACAUGGCAUGAAAUUGCUCGUCCACAAGUGCAUGGUCAUGAUAUUAAUUGCGUGGCUAUCAUUAAAGGUAAAGGAAACCACCGAUUUGUUAGUGGAGCUGAUGAAAAGGUUGCUCGAGUGUUUGAAGCUCCUUUGUCAUUCUUGAAGACAUUGAAUCAUGCUAUUCUGGAAGACACGAGCAACUUUGGAGAUAUAAAUGAACAUGUGCAGAUUUUAGGAGCUAACAUGUCUGCUCUUGGAUUAUCACAAAAACCUAUAUAUGUAAACGCUUCAAAUGAAACUUCUAGGGUACUUCAUAAGGAUGAAGAAGACUCAUUAGAAACGAUUCCAGAUGCUGUGCCGGUUGUGUUGACUGAACCUCCCGUAGAGGAACAACUAGGAUGGCACACUUUAUGGCCCGAGUCCCAUAAACUUUAUGGUCAUGGAAAUGAAUUAUUUGCUCUGUGCUGUGACCAUAAGGGAAAGCUUCUUGCUUCAUCAUGCAAGGCACAGUCUGCCUCAGUGGCAGAAAUUUGGCUAUGGGAAGUUGGAUCAUGGAAGGCUGUUGGUCGCUUGCAGUCUCACAGCUUGACAGUCACACAGUUGCAAUUUUCUUGUGAUGAUUCUUUCCUAUUAGCCGUGUCAAGGGAUCGCCAGUUGUCAGUGUUCUCCAUUACUAAAUCUGGAGACAUUGUGAACUAUCAGCUGGUUGUGAAGCAUGAGGCGCACAAAAGAAUAAUAUGGGCAUGCGCCUGGAGCCCAUUUGGUCAUGAAUUCGCUACUGGAUCACGGGACAAGACUGUAAAAAUCUGGGCAAUCCAGGAUGCCUCUUCAGUUAAGCAGCUCACAACCUUGCCUCCCUUCCGGGACAGUGUCACUGCCUUAUCCUGGACCGGCUGUGACCGAUCCAAAAACUCUGGAAUUCUUGCUAUCGGCAUGGAUAACGGCUUCAUUGAACUCUGGAGUUUGUCUGGCGGUAGAGUUCCCGGUGGUCAGACUGAGCUCGGACCAUUCCAAGCUGAGCUUGCUGUGAGAUUCGAUCCUUUCUUGUGCCAUGUCUCAACGGUUCACCGAUUAGCAUGGCGAAGAAACCCUGAUGCCAGUGAUUCAAAGACAAUGCAGCUUGCUUCCUGUGGCGCUGAUCAUUGUGUUAGAGUAUUUGACGUGGUGUGUGAUAUGUGACACGCCACUUGACAAGGCUUUCUAUUCCUUUUUGUUAUAAAUAUAUCACUGAUUAAGAUGUUAACUAUCACUUCCCAGUUUAUUCAUGGCUUUGAUACUUGUCUUGUAAAAAACACCCUCUUAUUUA